CUCGUUCGUCAUCUCUACUUCGUCUAUUUCCACGUAGCUUACUCUGUCAUUCCAAUAUCUCUUUCUUUCUCUCCUUCGAAAUGUGCCUCCGCCUCCGCCUUUUCCCCUUCUGCUCUGUACCUUACCGUCUCUCUCCUGUGCUUGCCUCCCAUCUCUAUCUCUUCCUCUUCGUACUCGAACCCGAUUCGUCGUUUCAUCUUCGGCGUGCGUUGUGGGUCCUUGUCACUCGCAACACUCUUGUUCUUCGCAGUGUUCUGA